AUGGCCGCGCUGCGCCGAACCCUCCACGUGGCGACCCUGGCGGCUGGGGCGCGCCGCGCUUUGGCGGGCUCCCUGGCUGGUAGCUGCCUGGCCGACCGUCGCCUCUGGGAUAAGCUCCAUGCCGAUGCCCGUAGGGGCAGCGUCCCCACGUUCGACUGGUUCUUUGGGUAUGAGGAAGCCCAGGGGUUGCUACUUCCGCUGCUGCAGGAGGCACGGGCUGCCUGCCCACCGAGGGUGUUGGACGUGGGCUGUGGGACCUCCAGCCUGUGUACAGGCCUCUACACCAAGUGCCCACAUCCCGUGGAUGUGCUGGGGGUGGACUUCUCUCCUGUGGCUGUUGCCCACAUGAAGAGUCUCCUGGAAGGUGGUCAAGGCCAAACACCCCUCUGUCCUGGGCAUCCUGCUUCCCGACUCCACUUCAUAAAGGCUGAUGCCCAGAACCUGGAGCCAGUGGCUUCCUCAGGCUCCUUCCAGCUAGUGCUGGAUAAGGGUACCUGGGAUGCUAUUUCCCGAGGUGGUCUGCCCAGGGCUUACCAGCUUCUGUCAGAGUGCCUCAGGGUCCUAAGCCCCCAGGGGACCCUGAUUCAGUUCUCAGAUGAGGACCCUGAUGUGCGGCUGCCCUGCCUGGAGCAAGGGUCCCCAGGCUGGACUGUGACUGUGCAGGAGUUAGGCCCUUUCGGGGGCAUCACCUACUUUGCUUACUUGGUUCAAGGCUCUCAUUAAAGACUUCAGUCCU